ACCAUUAGCAAAAGCAAGAUAGUAAGACACUUUGUUACAUGAAGUAAAGAUAAAAAACGAAGAUGGCCGUCGUUUUGGAAAGACUUUUGUCGCAAAAUUGUCUAUCAGUUUUGCGAAACAACAUCAAGUUUCGUAAAAAAAUCUUAGCAGGGCAGAAUUAUCAUAGGAAAUUACGUGUUAGGAAUGUACAUCGAGGCAGUAAUUUGAAAGGAAAACUGAAUAAUUUUGAAAAUGAUCCUGAAAUUAUUCCAUUUAGCAGAUCAAGACUAGUACUUAAACCUCUGGCUUUCUCUCUAAUUGUGUCAUCCGGAUCAUUUGCUGUCGCUGCCAUAUUCCAAUAUGAAUCUUUUAGGUCAAGCCUGCCUCAACAAUUCAGACAUAGACUUGAGUCAAGUUUUCAAAUGAAGUUGUUCAAAUUUAGACAGAAGUUAAACAAAUGGUGGAAUGCAUUACAUGCUGGUGAAAAAACAGCAACAGCUUUAAUUGCCCUAAAUACUGGAGUUUUUCUGCUCUGGAGAGUACGUAGCCUUAAACAGAUCAUGACGAAGUGGUUCACAUCGACUCCUAUUUCAGGUUUAUCAUUUCCAAUGCUGUUUAGUUCAUUCAGUCACAGGGAGACUUGGCAUUUAGCUUGCAAUAUGGUUGUUCUGUGGAGUUUCUCUCCAGUCAUUCAUGACAUGUUGGGAAGAGAACAAUUUUUAGCAUUUUACGUUUCUGGAGGACUCUUCUCAGCAUACGUGAGCCAUUUAUUCAAGGUUUUAUCAAGAAACCCGACGCCAUCUCUUGGAGCAUCUGGUUGUAUUCUUGCCGUUCUUGGCGCCGUAUGUGUGGCUAAUCCUGAUGCAAGGUUGUCCGUUUUGUUUCUGCCGUUUUUCUCUUUUUCAGCAUCAAAAGCUUUAGUUGGUCUUUUAUGUUUCGACUUGGCUGGUUUGGUCUUUCGUUUGAAGUUAUUUGACCAUGCUGCGCAUCUUGGGGGCUUAGCGUUUGGAUGUUGGUACAUCUCAUUUGGUCAUAACUAUAUAUGGGAUCAGAGGCAUUACAUUGUUCGUAAAUGGCACGAAUGGCGACGAAGAUUUUCUAAGUAAAUUAUAAUCUAGUUUAUAUUUUGAAAUGUUGAAAAAUCACAACUGGCCACGGAAUUCACGGAAACGUUUCGGGCACACAAUAACUUUCAUUCGAUUGUACCGCUUUGCAUCGGCUAGCCAUGCGCCUCCUGUUUGUCAUUUUGUUCCAUCUCUAAAUACCUCUCUACAUACAUGUAAUGGUUUUCGAAUAGUUGUGUUCACACAAUGUUGAGUAGUGGGGAUUGAAGACUAGGUUUUUUUGGUGUAUAUGCUUAGUUUUUUUAUAAUUUAUGUUCUCCUUCGUGCCUAUCAUAAACUCUGUUAAUAUCUGAUUCAUUGAAUGCGUCACGUGUAUUGAAAUAUCUGAUUCAAUGAAUGCGUCACGUGUAUUGAAAUAUCUGAUUCAUUGAAUGCGUCAUGUGUAUUGAAAUAUCUGAUUCAUUGAAUGCUUCACGUGUAUUGAAAUAUCUGAUUCAUUGAAUGCGUCACGUGUAUUGAAAUAUCUGAUUCAUUGAAUGCGUCAUGUGUAUUGAAAUAUCUGAUUCAUUGAAUGCGUCACGUGUAUUGAAAUAUCUGAUUCAAUGAAUGCGUCACGUGUAUUGAACAUGCUUGUAUUAUUCUAAAAUUCGAAGUAUUUGUGAAACAAACACUUGAAAAGUACUUUCUUUUGUAAUCAGUUUCAUUAAAUGUAUUUGUACACAUUA